UUCUGUACUUCUCCAUAUCUUUUGUGAACCUUUAUUGUGAAUAGUAGGUGAUUGGCCUGUAUUCAAGGCUUUAAUACUCGGGCAUUAUAAAAACCUAGAUUUGCAAUUUACUAUGUUACCUCAUUGACUGUAUUAAUAAUGUGGGGGCUGCCUAGUGUUUUGGAGAAUAUGUUUUAAAAAAACUGGUAUUUGUAAUAACUUCUGAAUAGUUGAGAGAAUUUGUUAUUACUUCCUCCUUGAAUAUAUUAAUAUGGUUGAUAUGUUAACUUUAAUUCAAAAGAUUGUUGGAACAAAUGUAAGUUUUGUCCAAUUGGAUCUACAGGAUAAUUUAGUUUCUAGUUAUGACAGCUUCGGCACACUAGUCUUUAGUUUUCAGUUAGUAUUCUCAUUGGUCCUUUGCAAUGAUUUUGUUUAGUGUUUUGUACUUAAAAUAGUCACAUAGUUUAAAUACAACUGAAAUUUGGAGUGACAUUGCUUAAUGUUAUGUAUGUAUAGAUGCAGUAAGAAAUAACAAUCCGUUUCAGUAUUUUACAAUAAAUUGCAGAUUAUACCUGAUACUGUUGCUUUUAAAAGUAAUGUCCACUUACCAUGUUUAUAGUAAAUUAACAUUUCAAAAAUAGCUUAAAAGUAAUUUUGACAUGUUUAUAGUAAUAUAUGUAUGGUGGAGAUAUGAGGCUCCUAUAAUCUGGUCCUGUAAUCUGGAGUAAAAGUUAAAUUGCUGCAGGAACUCAAUGGGUCAGGGCGGUCAUGGUGGCGCAGCGGUAGAGUUGCUUCCUUACAGCGAAUGCAGCGCCGGAGAACCGGGUUCGAUCCUGUUUACGGGUGCUGUCUGUACGGAGUUUGUACGUUCUCCCUGUGACCUGCGUGGGUUUUCUCCGAGAUCUUUGGUUUCCUCCCACACUCCAAAGACGUCCAGGCAUGUAUGUUAAUUGGCUUGGUAAAUGUAAAAAUUGUCCAUAGUGGGUAUAGGAUAGUGUUAAUGGCUGGCAUGGACCCGGUGGGUGGAAGGGCUUGUUUCCGCGCUGUAUCUCUUUAAACUAAACUAAAACUAUGGAGGUGGAUGAAUGAUUGAAUUUUUGGGUCGAGACCCUGCAUGAAGAUCCCAAAUGUGAACAAUCCAUCUGCCCACACAGAUGCCACUUGACCCGCUAAGUUCAUGGAAUAUAGAAUAAUGCAGCACAGCAACAGGCCCUUGGGCCCAUGAAGUUAGUGUCAAACAUGAUGCCAAAUUAAACUAAUCACUUCAUGAUCCAUAUCUCUCCAUUCCCUGCAUAGAUAUAUGCCGAUCAAAAAGCCUCUUAAACACCAUUCUUGUAUCUGUUACUACUGACUGCAUUCCAGGCAUAUACCACUUUCUGGGUGGAAAACCUGGCCUGUACAUUUCCUUUAAAUUUUCCUCCUCUGGCCUUCAUGGCACGCCUUCUGGUAUUUGACAUUUCCACCCAGAGGAAAAUCAUAUUAUGACUCUUAACUCUAUACCUAUUAUUAUUUUAUAAACUUUUAUUAGGUCUCCGUUCAGCCUCUGAAAUUAUUGAAGAGAGCAAUACACGUUUGCCCCACCUCUCCUUGUAGCUAACACCUUCUAAUCCAGGCAGCAUCCUGAAAAACCUUUCUAAAGUCACUACAUUCUUCCUGUAAUGGGACAACCAGAGCUGCACAUAGUAUUCCAAAUGUGACAAUCAAAGUCCUAUAAAGCUACAAUGUGACUACAUAACACCUAUAUGCAAUAUCCUGACUGAUGAAGGCAACCAUCCCAUAUGCCUUCUUUACCAUUGUUUUCCCUUGUAUUUGACCUCCCGAAGUGCAGUAACACACUUGCCCACAUAAGCUCCAUCUUGGUAGUGUGGUAGAGCAUAGAGAUCUAGGAGCGCAAGAAUAUAGUUCCCUGAAAGUGGCAUUGCAGGUACAUAAGAAGGCUUUUGGCAUGUUGGAUUUCAAUCAAGGAAUUGAGUAUAGAAGCUGAGACAUUAUGUUAAGUCACAAAAAGGGUCUCGACCGGAAACUUCACCCAUUCCUUCUCUCCAGAGAUGCUGCCUGUCCUGCUGAGUUAAUCCAGCUUUUUGUGUCUAUUUUUGAUUUUAGAUGUUUAGUGUUUGAACUAAAUAAGGGCGGUCACAGUGGUGCAGCGUUACAGUUGCUGCCUUACAGCGAAUGCAGCACCGGAGACCCGGGUUCGAUCCUGACUACGGGUGCUGUCUGUACAGAGUUUGUUCAUUCUCCCCGUGAUCUGCGUGGGUUUUCUCUGAUAUCUUCAGUUUCCUCUCGCACUCCAAAGACGUACAGGUGCAGUGAAAUCUAAGUCUUAAGUCUGAAGCUGCAGAGUGCACAGGAUGCGAAGGUAUAUUCAGGUACCAAGAGCUGAACCAGAACAAGUCUACAGGUUUAACACUGGGUGGGAACCAAGACCCUUGCUGUCCUGUGGAGUAUGUGGCUGCUGUGGUGCACUGCGCCCGAGAUACAAACGCCUAGUGGAUAACAUUUUCCCAGAAGAUCCAAAAGAUGGUCUUGUAAAGGCUGACAUGGAGAAGUUGACAUUCUAUGCAGUUUCAGCACCAGAUAAACUGGAUCGGAUAGGAAAGUACCUUGCAGAAAGGCUCAGUCGGGAUGUUAUCAGGCAUAGAUACGGGUAUGUUUUUAUUGCGAUGGAUGCAUUGGACCAGCUGUUGAUGGCUUGCCAUUCCCAAAGCAUUAAUCUGUUUGUUGAGAGCUUUCUUCAAAUGGUAGCCAAGCUACUGGAAUCGGGAGAACCUGAGCUACAAAUCCUUGGAUCCAAUUCGUUUGUCAAGUUUGCAAAUAUUGAGGAAGACACUGCUUCAUACCAUAGACGCUACGAUUUCUUUGUGUCUCGAUUCAGUGCAAUGUGCCAUUCUUCUAUUGAUGAUCUGGAUACCAAGACCAAGAUCAGGAUUGCAGGCAUUAAGGGUAUUCAAGGAGUUGUACGGAAAACUGUGAAUGAUGAGCUGCAGACCAUAAUCUGGGAGCCUCAACACAUGGAUAAGAUUGUUCCUUCACUUCUUUUCAACAUGCAAACAACAGAUGAGCUUAACAGCAAGAACAAUCCACCAUCACUACCACGAAGUGCUGAUAAAGAUGAGAACCCAGCUACUCUAGCAGAAAGCUGUUUUCGAGAAUUACUGGGCCGCGCAGCCUAUGGUAACAUGAACAAUGCCAUCAGACCUGUACUAGUGCAUUUAGACAACCAUCAACUAUGGGACCCAAAUGCAUUUGCUGUUUCCUGCUUUAAAAUUACAAUGUAUUCCAUACAGGCUCAACAUUCUCAUCAUGUAAUUCAGCAAAUUCUUCGACACCUGGACACUCACAACAAGGAUUCUCCGAGAGUUAGAGCUGGCAUUGUGCAGGUUCUUUUAGAGACCAUUACGAUUGCAGCCAAAGGUUCUGUUGGUCCAACUGUUUUAGAAGUAUUUAACACUUUGUUGAAACACUUGCGCCUCAGUGUUGAUUUUGAGUUGUCCAACCUGCUUGCGUCUUCUGGUGCUUUAUCAACAAACAAUGAUGAGAAAGUAGUUCAGGAUGCAAUUAUACAGACCAUUGGUUCUUUUGGGAGCAAUCUUCCAGAUUAUCAAAGAUCAGAAAUAAUUAUGUUCAUUAUGGGAAAGGUACCCACUUCUGAUGCUGGAGCUCUAGAAUUGAGCCACUCUGGGGACCGUGGAACAAGAACCAUCCAGGUCAAGCUACUGAGAUCAUUACUAAUGGUAACUUCAGGAUACAAGGCCAAAAGUAUAGCAGCUGCACUUCCUUCUCCAUUUUUAGAACCAAUAUUAUCAGUCUCUUUAAUGGAGGACGGUGAACUAAGAUUGCUUGUCCUACAUAUACUACACAACCUUAUUGAUCGUCAUGAGAACAAAGCAAAAUUCAAAGGAAUGAGAAUCAUCCCUGAUGUUUCAGCGCUGAAGAUAAAAAGAGACAAGAGCUCAAAGCAAGACAUAAGUUUCAUGAAGAAACAAGGACAACAGUUGUACAGACAUAUAUAUGUGGGAUGUAAAGAAGAAGAUAAUGAUCAGAAAAACUUUGAAGCCCUAUUCAUUGCUUUUUUACUCGUUACAAUUGAACUGGCUAAUGACGAAGUAAUCAUAGACUUAAUUCGUCUUGCCCUGGCUAUUCAGGAUUUGGCUCUGACCAAUGAAGAUAAUUUGCCCACUUACAACCGCUGUGCUAUUCAGGCUCUUGUGGCUGGGUAUUUAAGCUUCCUGAGUCAGAUGAUCGCAGUGCCAGCUUUUUGUCAGCAUGUAAAUAAGGUGAUUGAAGUACGAAACAAAGAAGCACCAUAUCUUCUGCCAGAAAAUCUCUCCAGAGAAAAAUUGCCCAAGUCCUUGGAGACACAGGACAAAAGCUGUAUUUUUUUGCAAAACAAGAUUGCUGAUGCACUCGCUGGCAGUGGCUACAGUGUAGACAGGCUGUCUGUGCCUUAUGUUCCCCAACCUACAGAUGAAGAUAGGCUGUCCAGAAGAAAAAGCAUUGUUGACACAGUGUCAAUCCAAGUUGACCUCCUUGGUGUCAAUGUUCAGCAGGACAAGGCUAAGAUAGUUGAAGAAAUCACCUUUGAAACGCUAAAGAAAGCUAUCGAUAGCCAAAAUCUUGAAGAACAAGAAAGGGAGAAGCGCCGCCAAAUAAUUGAGAAGUUCCAGAAGGCACCAUUUGAGGAGAUUGCGGCUCAAUGUGAAUCCAAGUCAAACCUUCUCCAUGACAAGCUUGCAGAGAUAUUUGAAUUGACAAUAAGGCCACCUCCAAGCCCAUCGGGAUCCAUGAGUGUAACAGCGGGCCAUGUUCAAUACCAUUCCAUCCCGGUCUAUGAAAUGAAGUUUCCAGACCUUUGUGUUUAUUAGUCGCUGCUUCUGUUUAAGAUACCUCAAGGAAACAAUACAAAGCAUGCAUGUUUUCCAUUGAUUUAAUAUUUUUCAAAAUGGUGUUUGUCGAAUACUUUCACCGAAUCAAAAUAAAUUAGUUGAAGAGUCAAGUUAAUUUUUAGGGCUUGCUGAACUGGUGUUCAUUGUGAUGAGUUCUAGUUCUUCAAAUGUAUAAUGUCUAAACAUGCAAGAAUCCGGCAAAGGGUGUGUUUAAGAACUUAAUAUUUGCGUUGAAAAUUAUUGUUUCACCUGGCCAGAGGGGCAACAUAUGGGAGGAAUUGCCAACAUUCACAACUAUGAAAGUGUAGUUAUGACCACUAUAGUUAAAAUAGAUAAUUCAGCAAAAGAAUGGAUUUUAUCAAUGAAUCUGAUACGUAAAUGUCUUCAAUUUGUCAUAUUUGUUCAUUAGAACUACUUUUAAAUUUUGUUCUGCAGCAUUCCAAACAAAAAUGUAACACAUAUUUCUUGUUAAUUUUCAAUUGUAAUCUGUUCAUGCAUCUACAUUGAGCAUUGAAGUAUAUUGAAAUUACUAUUCAAAACUAUAUGUGAAAUUGGUUGAUUUUAUUCACUUUUGGUACAUAGAAUUCCAUCUAGAUUGUUGGUAUUUAGUAUUUGCACAACUAUUAUGUAAGUAUAAUCAAAUUGAUUAUAUACAUGUGUACCAUAAUCUGGAGGACCUACCAUUAUUCUCCACCUCUCAAGUCUUCACAGUGCUAGACUAGAAUCAAACUCAACAGGGUCGUCUAUACCCACUGAUUCUGCCAAGCCUGUGCCCUUGGCUGUGUUUUCACUAUAUAAUAGAUAGUGACAGUGGCAAUUUUGUUCAUCCAUUCAUGCGCAUCCAGUAUGCCUCCCUUUCCGAGUAUUUCCAUUUUUCGUCUAAGUGGGCGAAAACUGCUGGGACGGUUAAAAAAAUACAAAGAAACAGAAUACACCAUUUAGAGAGUCACCCAUGAGAGCCUGGGCCAGAUCAUGCAAGUAAGAUUGUUAUACAUUACCGUUACUUGAUGCGUGUUAUUCAGGGAAUAGCCAGAUCAGCUAACUGCUUUAUUAUAACAAUAUUAAAACUGAGUGUGAGGAAGUAACAAAAGAAACUGAGAUAUUAACUUAGAGGUAAACAAAUUGUCCAUAAAAAACAUUAGGGUGUUAAUGGUUCCAAUUAAAGCAUUCCUAAUCAUCUGGGUCACCUCUCAAACCUUCUGAUUCUCAGGGGAACUAUGACCUCCUUGCACCAACGAUGAAACCAAACAAGGCAACAGUGGCAACUGCAUGUUUCCUUGACUGUCUCCUCUGUUCACCUUCUCCAAGAAAGCUGUACCCAGCAAGCCUGAGUUAUCCUCAAACUAUACCGAGACAUCAUCAAGCACAGCACUUUACUAAGAUGGCAUUGGGGAUUCACGUAUUCGGAGCUGGCCAUUUUCCUCUAAUAGGUCGAGAACCUUAUUGUGAUGGACGAUCCUCGGGUUCUUAGCAAAAAAACUUCUACUUGAGAUGUGUCUGAGGGUCUCCCAAGUCGGCCGGCAUCUCAUAUACAUGGAGGGAGUAUAAAUGGCCAGCAUGUUCCACGCAGGGUCAAUGUUGGAGCAUAACUUGAGGGAGGUAAUGAGCAGGGACUGAUUCAGGGAGGAAUACGCACUGAGGUGAACGCCCUAUUAGCCUGUGGGUCAAUUUUAAAAUCGAAGACUUCUAUUACUUCUGCUGAUAUCCUCGCUAAAACUGUGCCUAACGGUGUCUUCAAAGAAGCUUACUGCCGUGAGACAGUUUCCUAAUCUUUAAAAUGUCCCUGUACAGGUCAAUUCCGGCAAACUCAAGUCAAUGCCUCCAUUUGGUCACUGGCACUUGAAAUCAGAGUAGUACUUCAUGAUGGGUAGUGGGAUUUGUGUCUCAAGCUUAGGGAUCCUACGUAGCCCUAGUGCAUAACAUGUCAUUAGUGGUAGUAGACAGGUGUAGGAACUUUAGAAAAUGUCUACUAACACUAUUUAGCCUAACUAAACCAUUUUGGGAGGCCUCGUAUAAAACUAAGGUGAUAUUUAAAAAAAAAAAAAGGGGGGAAUAAAAUAGAUUUUUUUAAAGUUCAACCUUCUGUAAAGGAUGGAGCCCAGCUUGCAGAAGGUUGUUCCCACAUUCCUCCAGUUUGUCACUCGAGAUCCCUGGAGAGCAACCAACCCAGGAGUCUAUUCUGGUGCCCAGGUACUUCUCCCAAUCUCCAGGAUUAAUAAAACUAAUAUUCUGUUUGUUAAAAGACCAGCUAUCGACAGCAUUAAUAAAGGAAGUUUUUUUUAUUUUGGAUGUCCUAUAAAAGUUGGCAGUUUUAUUGAGAUUAAUCUCGAGGUUCGUCCAACAGAGGUUGUCUUGGACCUUGAGGUUUAUUUUGACAUGUCCCUGUGAGAGCCACUCACAAGGACCAUGUCUUCAGCAAAUGCAGGUGGUGCAAGUGUCCAGCACACCAAAAUAAAAUCCCAAGCCAGUCCAAUCCAAUGAAUAUAAACAAGUUAAAUACAUAAAUCAGAUAACUUUCCAAAGAAAUGCGAGAUAUCUAGGAUGAAAUAUCUCCGAAAUCAAUUGCAGAUAAUGCCCGUACAGAACAACAUUACUGCCAUCAAAAAGCAAUUUUUCCUAUUUGAAUUACACCUACAAAAUAGCACUAUAGUCAGUUUAUAUAUUUUAGCAAUUGACCCAUGAGUAAGAAAAACCCGAGGAUCCAAAACAUUUGAAUCCUUACUAUAGAGCAUUUUUUUCCAUCCUUCCACACACCAAUUCUCCACGUUGAAUUAAAACACUUCCCUUUGAGAGAAAAAAAAAACAAUUUGAAUCAUUGCACCACUGGACAUUCACUUAAAAAUAAUCUUUCUUAAAAAAAAAAUAGUAUAAAAUAGUACUAUACUACAGAGCUGGCUGGGCCAUGUGCAUUUACAUCAGAUUGUAUAUUCAUUCUGGCACUGUUAAACAAAAAGUCACUGCAGUUAUUUUACAUUAGAAUAUAUUAUAGAAAAUCUGCUUCUGAUGCAUAAACCUUUCAUGAAGUGCACAUUAUUAAUGGACAAUUUUUUUUUGCAUCCCUUUGAAUUCUAUUAUGCCCCAAGUUUGAAAACCUAGAAUAUAAGCUGCAAAUCAAGCCUUAUAAAUAAUGAUACGGUAUACAUUACUCAAUGAGUAUUCUGUAUUAAUGUACAUUUGGCCAGUUUUUAUUCUUUUGAAACUUUUUUUUAGUUGAUUGUUUUGUAUUAAUCUGGAGGGCACAUGAGAAAUAUCUAUGCAUUGGACCAGUUUAAAGAAAUCUGAGAAGCUGAGGUUAAAAAUCUGUGGGCAAAAUUUUUUUUUUAAUAUUAUAUCAUUAAGAUGUGUAAAUGCAGAUAGAAAAGUGCAAAGAAUAUUAGUUUUUGGAGAUUCUGCGGAUCUUUCACCAAUCGGCCAAAUUUAAAGCAGAAAUUCUGAGAUUGGCAGGAAUAUGCUGUUUUAUAACAGUAAUGAAAUGUAUUCCUUUUGCUAUUCCAGUCAAAUUAUACAACAAGCUUUGGUGCUUUACACAUGAUUAUGCUUUGUUUUGAAUAGCUUUGCUUACAAUGUACAAUUCAAUGUGUAUUUGGAAGUAAUAGAUAUGUUCCUACCUGUUUUUAAUCUAUAUGUAAUUAAACAAAUUGAUAGCUGUAUAAUGUGGGAAAAGGUUGCAUUAGACAAAUCUCUCCAUUUAUGAUGUUUAAUGAUUUAAAGCAAAUAAUGGCAAAUCCAAAACUUUCAAUGCUGGAAUCUGCGGUUUCCUAUGGACUUGAUUGUACUGUGAGCAAUAGAAUUUUUGUAUUGGUUCAAGUCACAUUUGCAUUCGGUGAAUGUUUUAACUUGAUUGAGCACUUUUUUAAAACACCAUUAGUUCUAAAGAGCAGGUCUUUUUUAUGGUGUCUGUGCAAGACUUGUGAAUUUAUGCCAUAAGACCAGCGUGUGUUUAUAAUGCUUCAUGGAAAAUAUUACUUCAAAUUUAGUCAGCUUUGUUGCAUGUGCUUAAACUAUUAUCAUGUGUGAUGUAUUAUGUAAUCCUAGUCAUGUAUCAUCUCUUCAGAAUAUUCUCUACACCUUGAAUGUAUUUGUAAAUGUCUAAAAUGUGGGUUUCUAUGUAUUAUUGAAGCUUUAUUCAUCUUCAGAAAUAUUAUAAACUUAAUGUGAAGGAUAAAAUAAACAGCUUUACUGCA